GAAGAGCGCGCUGCUGCGGUCCGCGCGGCAGAGCGUCACCUCGUGCAGCGACCACCAGGCGAACUGCUCGGAGACCCUGGAGCUGUCAGCGGCACCCGCGUGGAGCGGCAACGGCUCGGCGGUGGAUGCCUACCGGCUGGUGGAGCUCCAGCUUCCCGCCUCGGCCGCACCGACGGUGGCGAUGGUGCCCAAGGCCCCGCACCCCUUCCCCACGGUGGACGUUCCCGACCACGCCCACUACACCAUCGGGUCCGUCAUCCUCGUCAUCGGCAUCACCGGCAUGGUCGGCAACUUCCUCGUCAUUUACGCCUUCAGCAAGAGUCGCAGCCUUCGGACGCCGGCCAAUAUGUUCAUCAUUAACCUGGCGAUCACAGACCUGCUGAUGUGUAUCACCCAGACCCCCAUCUUCUUCACCACCAGCAUGCACAAGAGGUGGAUCUUCGGAGAGAAAGGUUGCGAGCUGUACGCGUUCUGCGGCGCCCUCUUCGGGAUCUGCUCCAUGAUCACGCUGACGGUGAUCGCCGUCGACCGGUACUUCGUCAUCACGCGACCUCUGACCUCCAUCGGCGUGUUGUCACGGAAACGGGCCCUCCUCAUCCUCAUGGCAGCAUGGGCGUACUCUCUGGGGUGGAGCCUGCCGCCGUUCUUCGGCUGGAGUGCCUACGUCCCGGAGGGCCUGCUGACUUCCUGUACGUGGGACUACAUGACGUUUACCCCCUCGGUGCGAGCCUACACCAUGCUGCUCUUCAUCUUCGUCUUCUUCCUGCCGCUCUUCAUCAUCAUCUACUGCUACGUCUUCAUCUUCCGCGCCAUCCGCACCACCAACCAGGCUGUGGGGAAGAUUAAAGGCAGCACUCACAGUCACAGCAGCAGCCGUGACUCGGUGAAGAGUUUCCAUCGGCUGCAGAACGAGUGGAAGAUGGCGAAGAUCGCCCUGAUCGUCAUCCUGCUCUACGUCAUCUCCUGGUCGCCGUACUCCACCGUUGCCCUCACCGCCUUCGCCGGGUAUGCCGACAUGUUGACCCCCUACAUGAACUCUGUGCCCGCCGUCAUCGCCAAGGCGUCAGCCAUCCACAACCCCAUCAUCUACGCCAUCACGCACCCCAAGUACAGGAUAGCGUUAGCUAAGUACAUCCCAUGUCUCGGCGUCCUGCUCUGCAUCCGUCCUCGCGACCUCCGCUCGGCCAGCAGCAGCUUCAUGUCGACGCGCCGCUCCACCGUGACCAGCCAGACCUCCGACAUCAGCAGCCAGUUCAGACGGCAGAGCACCGGCAAGUCCCGUCUGUCCUCCGCCUCCGACAGUGAAUCGGGUUUGACAGACACCGAGGCGGAGCUGUCCAGUAUGGGCUCCAGACCAGCCAGCCGCCAGGUCUCCUGUGACAUCAGCAGAGACACCACCGAACUCCCCGAAUUCAAACCCUCGUCCAGCUUCAAGAGCCAGAUCAAGAGCCGCGACUCGGGCAUCUUCGAAAAGACGUCCUAUGACACUGAUUUCUCCAUGGCAGGAGUCGGUGAACGCAGCAGCAUCCCAAGUAGUGGGGAUUUCGCAGAUGGACACGUGAUGAGAGGCACGAUUGGUCGAAUCCCGAGCAUCAUCGUCACCUCUGAGUCAAGCCCCUUCCUUCCCAUUGGACGAAAUGGGUCACGCACUGCCCGCCCCAAAACAGUCAACAACAACACGGGGGCGGGGUUUGGGUAGACUGACUCCAGCAACCAAUCACCUGCAGCCAUCUGAUCAGCUCACGUCCGGUCAGAUGUUUAGAAAUGUAGAGUUCAAACACACCUGAAGGGUUCACCUGAAACUCAUACACAUUUUUGCACCUCGUAGGACUAGAGAAGUUAUCUCCAGCUUUCUUUGAACUCUUGAUUUCAGCUUUUACUUGAACACAGAAAUUAGACUGAGAUUGAAAACUCCAAACUUCUUUUUUUUUUUUUUUUUUUUUACCAAUGAAAUAACAAUUCAUGCAUUAUCAUUUAAAGAGCAACUUAACACCUUGUUUAAGCUUUAACAACCUUCCUUCCUUCCUGAGCGUCCCUUUCGACAGAUCACUGCUCCAGAGUCCCUCUAUCUUAGUAUGUUAGUGGACGUUCCGGCUGAAAACAGCUUUGUGUUAAACCAAAUGCUGAGGGGGGGCUACUGGUUGGGUCAUUCACCUUUACUAGGGAUGUCUCGAUCAAGUUUUUUUUGGCCCCAAUCCCGAUCUGAGUCCUUUAAUAUCAAGUAUCUGCAAUACCGAGCCUGAACCGAUACUCAGAUUUACCUCAAUGGCGAUUAAGUGUGUAUCCAGGACACUGAAACAUCAGCCGUAGCUCAUAAAGAUGAUACACCUUAUUUUUCACAAACUACUUGAUCCAAAUAUCAAAAGUCCUUAUUCAAAAUUAUGAAGUUUACAAACGGAAAUUAUUGAUAUUGUAUGACUGAAAGUUGAACUGGCAGACCACAACCCUUUGAAUGUGCAGUGAAAUGCUGCAGAGUAGAGCCCGGCUGCUUUAAAGGAGACGCUGCGACACCAGCAGGCUGAGGUGGACGAAGGUAAGAGAGUGAAGAAGGACUGGUUUUUGACCAGUUUUGUUUAAGUCAGUACAGGAGAUUAAAAUAUGCCCAGAUCUGGUACAUCUAUACCGUUUACUGGGAUCUGACCUACCCAGUAAAGGCAGAAUGCCAAAAAAGGCUGCGCAGGUGAGGGUUUGUCCUUUCAGUCACAGGUUGGGCAUAGUGAUACAUGGGGAGGAAACAGGAUCCAGGAAGUCCAGUGCGAGUUACAGAUCCAUGACUCUGAAGGUUCGUCAGGCACCAGAACACUGUGCAGCAGUUUUAUUCUGUAAUAUUAUGAGGAGCGAGUUUACAACUCUGGAAAAGUUAUUACGGCAGCAGUCGUUCUAUCUUCUGUCAUGAUCACAAUGUAAAGAGCAGAAACUGCGUUAAUGUGAUAAAGAACAUUCUACCCAGAACGUGCACUUGCACGAGUUUGACCGGCCGACGCGCUGCCUUGACAGAUGAUGACGUAUUGCGCUGCGGCAAAAGUUCAGCCACUUUCAACCUUUUUGCCCGAUCACCCUGGGCUUUUUUCGGCAGAGCCCUCUGCCCUAUGUGUUUUUUUUCUCCACAGGGUUGAAGUUUCAGCCAUGUUUUUUUUUUUUUGGUCGUCCAUCUUGGUUUUACCAAGUUCAGCUGUCUAUCCCCUUAGUGUAAGGGUCAGUUUACACUCAAUCAGAGGCAGUUUGGCCGACGUGUUUGUCUGACCUCAUCAGCAAUCAGAAGUGUUUUUGUUAUUCUGAACAUCCACACUGGAAGGCGGGGUGAAAAGCCAGCUGACAUAGAGAGGGGGGAGACGUCAUAGUGUUAAAAGGAGGGGAGAACAUCUCUCCUUUCAGUCGGUGUCUCCUGAAGGACAUUCAUAGUGUGGCACUCGGUUGCUCACAUUGAAGAGUGACAGAAAUAGUUGUGUAAUGAACGUAAAAAGAGCUGAGAGAGAUGCUCCACCAGCAGCUUCGUCUGUCACCUCCACACACCCGACCAAUCACGGCGAGUAGUGGGUGUGGAAGUUAAAGAAAUGGUUGGACGCAGACUCUCCACGCUGCUGACAGUUGAUUUGAUUUCUGUUUUUAUGUGUCUCGGUUCUUAUUAAGGAGGGUAAGAUGUCUGAAGGUUGAAGUAGGGAAGGUCUGGCCCCACUGUAAACUGUAUUGUGGGUCUGACAUAGACACAAAUUCAGGGUUAUUUCUAAAAUCCAAUGAAACAAAAGAUCCCGAUACAUUUUUCUCCAUGUUGAAGCAAGUAGCAGUUGCAUGUAAUUGUCUGGAGACUGAGCACAGUCUGAUGCUUUAAUGAAAGUGAAGGCUGCUGUGUUAAGGGCCUGAGAGCCGGUCCCUGAUCCACAUACAGACAGAAUGACCACAUCUGUGGCUGUAGACUGAGACCACAAUCGACUCAUAGACAGCUGUACAGUCAUAUGUUAAAAUAACUCCAAAAACUCAAAAAAGUGUAUUUAGUGUUACCUUGCUCUUUAAACAUGCUGUGAAUUAAUGGUUAGGGAAAAAAAACACCCACUCUAAAAUACUUUAAUUGGUCAUUUAAUCUCUUAACUUUUAAAACAAUACUACUUUUUUAACAUACUUAAAUAUAGGCUGAAUACUUACAGGUGUGUAUAUUUUAUAUGUAUGUAUGUGUGUGUGUAUAUGUGUGUGUGUGUGUGUGUGUGUAUAUAUACACACACACACACACACACACACGCACACAACUUACACAAUCAGGCACCUGAAGUGAAAACACCUGUGUGCCCGUACAGUCCCUGUGGAGGAGCUUUAACAUUGACUCUCCUUAUUGUACUGAAGCCAAACAAGUGUCUGUGGGUGUUUUUUUUUCUUUCAUUUUAUUUUGAGAUGAACCCAAAGAAAAUCAUUUUCCUGCCCCUGAUUUCUUGUCCCUGAUUCAAAUAGAUGUAAACACACAUAAGGUUGAAAACACGACUCUCAGUGAUUCAUGUAUUUUUCUCUUCAUGAGUUCCUCUGAGGCAGGUGAAGGUCCUUGAGCCCUUUAGCAGACUUGUUCUUGUGUUUCAGGAAAAAACCAAGCAUUAAUAUGAAAUGACUGUGUUGAGAUUUUCUGUGGCACAUUUGCCAAUUUUUCUACAAACCCUGUGAUUUCCUGUUUGUGUUCUUGUUGUUCGUUGCUCUUGAUUUAUUUAUCUUCUGUGUUUUUCCGUCUCAGUUCUCUGCAGAGUGAUGUGACAGGCUGAGUUUCUUUUGGUUCACUGUGAGUAAAUUUAAAACCCAAAGUCAGGACCUAACUUUAAAUUUGAAAACCAAAAGCCCUCCAACUGACCGUUCACUGAGUCUCUCCCCACAAAGUAAGAGCGACACUACACUGCUUAUAAAGAGCUUGGACGGUGGUUUCUUUUUUUUGACCCCAUCUAAGAUUAAAAAUACAAGAAGAGCAAGAGUGUGAGGAACGGCUCGAACGGUGUGUUUAUCUUCUGUGACGUAAGCUGCAGACGUUAGCCGUCCGGCCAACUAGCUCACUGCCUAACCCACCGUUCCCUCCAAGGCCAGGGGUAGUUUACACUAGCAGUACGUUAUUUUGUGGGAUUACAGUUUACGUUAUGUUGACUGUGCAACAUUUUCCCACUGCGUUGAUGCUGCUCCUGGAGUGUGGGCUAACGGUAGCGGCCCGGUCCUGCUCUAUUAAAACUUGUUACCUGGAACAGCGUUAGCAUCAGUUAGUGCUCAUCCUAAAAGCCCUUUUCUCUUGUAACAUUUAUACUGUUGGAGAAUAUGAACAAUGAAGCAUAAAUCUAACCUGUUUUUUGUUAAAGUUCAAGUGUGUUAGCUAACGACCAAACGGUUACGAUACAAUGGAAUAACAGUCUUAUCUCACAUUUUUUCCUCAUAAACCUAUAAUGCUAGGAACAACUAGCGCUGCAGUGCAAUAUAAGAACAUUGCCGUGUCUUUAUUUCCAAGUCCUCUACAUGGAUCAUCAGCUGGUGAGGAUGCUGACUUUUCACGUGGCAGGUAUUAGCUUUAGCAUCAGUUUUUAAGCAUGAUAUCACAUAGGCCUAUGUGGCCGACAAGUGUAGAUUUAAGAUGCUUUUACAAAAGUUCUUAUUUUAAGCUUGAAACUAAAACGCUCGCCCGAGACUGCGUUUUCAAGCAAUUCGUGGAGCUAACAUAAACCUAAUUAGCUCGCUUGCUAUAGCUGACAAAAGUCCGCCUGCGACAGCUCACCAAAAUCAUUUCAGUACAAUCCACAGUCUCCUAAUAGAAAUGCGGAGCUGCUUCUGCCUAGUCUUGUCAGAAAUGAGGCACCAAUUGUUUGGAUGAAUCCUACGAACUUCGAUGGUAAAUCUGCCACGGUUAUCGCCGGAAAAGACUGAUGAGUGUAGCAACAGUAAGGCGGGUGGGGUUUAGCGAACGGUUCUGGUGUAAGAAUGUUAAUCUGCAAUGUGCAGUUAGGUGGACAGCGCAGGACAGCGUUUUACAGAAAGUUAAAUAAUCAACAUUGUUGCAGACAUUUACUCUGAAUGGACAUGGAGGUCUCUUCCAAAAAAUCAUCAAAGCAAACCUACCUAGAAAUAAACUCGACUAUACCCCAAUAUUCCCAAACCACAGCUCUGCCAGGCAGUGAUGUUGCAGCUCGCUGUAGUUUUUCCUCCUGGCUUAUGGCCCGUUCCCUCGUCAGUGAGAGCAACAACAACCAGGUCAAAACCGGAAACAACCAAAACGGAAAACUCGGCUUCCCAACAUUAAGGAACCAGGGGUUAUCAAAUGACGACGCCUCUUUAUUGUUCUUUAUGGCCCAUUCUGCCUGUAACUCCUCGUUUCAGAUAGAAGGAUCCUGGAAAAACCAGAUCCUGGUAACUGCCAGAUUGGAGUACUGAGAUACGGUUUAUAAAGGAACCACAUGAUAUCCUGGGAAAUCCUAUUUUUUCCACUUUUGACGGAGCUAGGCGAACAGCUUCCCUUUGCCUCCAGUCUUUGUGCCAAGCUAGGCUAAACACAUCACGGACCUAUCUCUGAUAGGUCUGGUAUCCAUCUGAUAUCAGAUUUGGAUAACAUCUGGGUACAAUGACAAUCAAUAGGAUCUUCUAAAAUGUCAGGCUGUUCCUUUGACUCAAUUCAAAUGUUUCUCCUCAUCUCAGUGAAUCCUGGAAGCCCUGAGGCCUGCAAACGCACUUUUGUUAAGAAACAAGCUAUUUUUAAUGUUUUGUUUAGUUUUCUUAAAGUUUCCCUGCGUUCUGGUGCUGUUCAGUUUGUGGGUUUCUUUUCUGUUUGUGUCUCUUUCUUUCCUUUUCAUGACUGCAUAUUUAAAGUGUAUAUUUUGUUGAAGGGCAGUGUAGUGGAAUGUGAUUGUGAUGUUGUUGGUGUUUGUGGGGUGGGGUGGGGGGUGAAAAGGGAAAUAUCGUUGUUGAUUGUAAUGCCGCUCUUGCAAAGGCAACCAGACCUGUUGGUCUGCGUGAAGUUAAAUGUACAUUCCCCAAGGGUCUAAAGAACGUUUUCAGGAAAAAAAGAAAAUCACGGAGAUAUCAACUCAUGACGAGUUUUCUCCAGUUCGACCGAGUCAACAAGCCUCGACUUAACUUGAACGAAGUCAGAUUAUCAGGCUAAACGGAU